AUGGAGGGACUGCACUUCCCGGGGGCCGCCGGGGCCAUAGACGAGUACCUGGAGUACAGGAGAAUUGUUGGUGAAGAUGAUGGAGGAAAACUUUUUACCCCAGAAGAAUAUGAGGAAUACAAGAAAACAGUACUUCCAAAUCGAAUGCAAAACAGAUUAUUUGUGAGCUGGAGAUCACCAACCGGAUUAGACUGUAAACUUGUGGGACCGGAGACUCCCUGCUUUUGCACACACAGGUACAAACAACAUAAGACAGAUUUUAAGGAGCUUCCUAAGGAGCGCCCCAUUCACUUGCCUUGUAAAGUCAGUAAAUGCCAGUGCAAGUCCUAUCACUAUGUCCCUCUGAAUGGGUCGCAGCCUAUUCGCUGCAGGUGCAAGCACGUUGCUGAUGACCACACUCCAGCUGCGUCCUACCACUGCACAAAAUGUUCGAGUUGUGCAGGAUUUCACAGUUCUUUCACAUGUGGUUGUUCUCAACCAGCAUUUGCUCACGACACUGUGGUGGAAACAAAAGAAGAACGUCUAGCCCAGGGAAAACCCAUUGGCCAAGAUGUCCCUUAUGCUGCUAUGGGGGGCCUGACUGGAUUUAGCUCUCUUGCUGAAGGAUACAUGAGACUAGAUGAAAGUGGAGUUGGUGCUCCUGACAAGGUUUUUUUGGAAACAUCAGAAGAUUGUGGAUCCCACCCUUUUCUCAGGGCAUAUGGUCCUUCAUCCUCAACAGCUGCCGGUCUUCCCAGUGCAGAUAAACCAUUGUCCAGUGUAAUGAGAACAGAAGAUGACAUGAGUUAUUUUGAAAAGCGAUACCAAGAAAGGUUGCAGAAAGAAAAGGAACAGAAGAGACAAAAUUCCAGACGUCCUAAUACCCAGCGACCUUGA